UCGGAUAAUAAACGAACGAGGACUAAAAUAUUGUAUCGAAAGAAGAGCGUUAUCGGACGUAAAAUCUAUUGAUUGUGAAGAAUUCUUUGUGUUUUUCAAUAUGUGGAGAAGCUUGAGGCAUUGCGCUUUUAAAAGAAAACAGUUACCGAUGGUAUUCAUACAACACAAGACAUUUUUGACCAAUGAUUACCAAUGUACUGAAGCUUGGAAUUCACUAAAGACAAGUUCUAUUUACAAUCAAAUAAAUUUAAACGAUUUCUAUAAUAUAAUUGAUCAAAACUAUUCUUCGAAGGGUGUUAUAAGCCCAAUUGAUGUCGAUAUAUUUGCUGGUGCAAUCAACGAUGCGUUUCACUUGGAGGAGCUCAAAGAUCUUCUCCAUAAGUUGAGACUUUCGGCUGAAACUGGAAAUAUGUUAGAGUCCACCCAUCAAGCAACGAUCAGAAAUUAUCUUCAAUUUGGAAAUACAGAAGAUUUGUUGAGUAUUUUAAAAGAUCCUCUUAAUUUUGGAGUGUUCUUGGAUGAGUUCACUGCUAAUAUUUUAUUAGAUAAAUUAGUUACAUCAUCGAAUUUUGAACAAGCUGCUAAUGUUGCGGCGUUAAUAAUGCUGCAAGAAGAAUAUGAAAAUGAAAUUUCUAAUGCUCUGUGUCAGUAUGCCUGUUACAAGUAUGUCAUGAAUUAUAGUAGACCUGAAGAGCCACAAGUUGUAGAAGAUAAGAAGAAGAAAGUUGAUGAAAUCAAAAUUAGAGUUAAGUUCUUAAGAAAUCCAUAUUUUGAUGAUCAUUUUGAUAUCAAAGAUGUCUUUACCCUGUCUGGAAAAACAUUAGCUUGGAUUUCAGAAAGAAAAGUGGAUAACACCAACCUAAAUCUACAAAUUAUUGGAUGGUUAAUAUACAAAAAAUAUGAUAAACUCCUACAUUUAUGCAAUACAAAUGCCAAAAAUGAAUCAUUCAAAACAUUUCCUGAAUUAAUAGACUUGUUUAAAAAGGAAAUAAACUUUGCAGACCAAGAUUCAAAAUCAAAAUUAGAAGCAUGCAUUUCCAUAUUAGAAAAUGUGAACCAAGUAGAUUUGUCCCUAGAAGAAUGUAUUAAAAACUCAAUUGAAAAUGCAAUAAAUAAAUCUCAGACUCGAGACAUAGAAAGUCAAAAGCAGAUAUUUCAAUCAUGGAGGGAAAUAAGGGAGAAAAAACUAGAAGAACAAACCAAACGUUUAGAUAGAGCAAAGCGCAUAGAAGCAAUCAACUACAAACAGAAGGAUCUACAAGUAGAAGAACAAAAGCUAUGGUUCUUUGAAAAUGAAGAAGCUAUUGAUCUUGAAAUUGAAGAAAAAGAACAGACUACUCGAUCCAAUUCGAAAAAAAAAUCUAUAAAAGCUGUUGAUGAAGAUUAUAUUCCACCUGAGAUAUUACCCAAAAGGAAAUAAGUCUUAGUAGGGAAAUAAAAGCUUUAAUUAGUUAACUUCACAGUUUUUAUUGACAGUGUUAACUACAUUAUAACCUUUACAUAGCUAUUAUUUUACAAAUUCUCGACAGUACCUACAUUUUUUUACUUAGCUUUAGUACUUGCCGAUUGACCAAAUCAUACAGAUUUUAAUACAUAUGUUUGAAUGAA